CAUGCUGGCCGUGGCGCGCGUGGCCCGGCAUGGACCAUCGGGCUGACCCGCCCCCCGAAGAACGCGAAGCACGAGAAGCACCCGACGGCCGAGGGGGGUCCACGGCAGCGCCGAGCUGUGACGCCCAGGAGCAGCCCGAUGACGACGACGGCCUGCGCCAACGCACCACGCCCAGGUGCCCAGGUGGGACGCAGCGGGCAGGGCGGCAGGGCCGAGCGUUCGGCGCCGUGCGUCCGUUUCGCGGAGUAACAAGUUUAACUGUGGUCCCUACUCCUACGAGGCGCAGCCUGUCCGCUUGGUCGGACUCGGAGGUCGCGGAGGAGCAGUUCGAAGAGGACCAGGACCAGCUUGGCGGUAAGGGGACUUUCCUGGCUGCUUGCAGCGCGCUGCGCCAGCCUCGUCAUCCGCCAGUCUUCCCGCCACGCUCUGCUCCAGGCCUUCCUGCCUACGACGACGUCCUCGACCUCAUCAUCCUCGACCUGGACGACGACGACCUGGGCGAUGACGACGUGCCCGCCGCCCCGCAACCGACCUCCCCGACCUGGUCUCUCGCGGUGAUGCCGACCUCGGCAGAAAGCAGGCCGCCCGCCCUACCCGCCGCCACGGCCGCCACGGCCGCCACGGCGGACAGCGGCCCGUCCGCACCUUCGCGCCCCGCCAACGACACCAGCGAGUACUACACGGGCCUCGGGAAGCGCCUGGAGCAGUUCGCGCCGCUGGCAGUCCCCAUGGACCCGCUGGACCCCGAGAACCAGGGCCGCAUCCGGGAGAGGCUGGCCGUCAUCGAACGCUUCCGCGCCCAGAACGCCGCCAACGCCGCCAACGCCGCCAACGCCGAGGCCGCGGCCCUGGCGAGGCAAGACAGCGGCACCCCCAUCUGCCGCAUCUGCCGCGACACCUACCCCUACGGCGCCACCGAGGCCGAGGUCGAGGACGCAGACGCAGUGCCGGGGGCUGGAGGCGCUGGGUCCCUGGUGUCGCCCUGCGAGUGCCGCGGCACCGUGGCCCGCGUGCACAUGACCUGCCUGGAGCGCUGGCUGGCCGAGAGCGAUUCCUCUUGCUGCGAGCUGUGCGGCCAUCAGUACACCACCAUUCGCACGCCCAGCUACAGCGUGCUCGCCUCUAUCCCUGCAUGGGUGAUUCACACCGGGAGCGUGGAUUUGCUCUUCGACAUAGUGGCAUUCAUCAUCUUCACGCCAGUGACGCUCUUCGGGACCCAUCUGCUUGGAGUCAAUGCAGACGACGCGCCUUACUUUCAGGUUUCCAUCAUGGCUGCGCUUGACUUGGUGUACUCGGCGUGGCUCGCCAUGCGGCUGCACUACCAUGCCAAUCGCUGGUAUUCAUGGUGGCGCCGGAAGUCAACGGUAAAAGUUAUAUUGGACAGGGAAGAAAAGAAGAAUCGACAAACAGAUUCUUAGUAUAGCUUUAUUACACUAUUCAACCCAAAAUACAUUUCCAAAUAUAAAA